GAAAAGCAGGGGGCCGACGCGGCGGCGACAGCGGUUUCCUUCCGUCCGCCCGAAGUCUCGUCGGGUGCGCGCACGAGUCAAGCGACGACAGCAACUGAGCCCAAGCGACGACACCUGCACCGGUUUCCUCCGCCUCCCUCCCGUCCCCUUUCCUCGCCCAACCUCUCGCCAUAACCUCACCACUUCACCAGUCGCCACCGCCAUGGGCGGCUCCGCCGGCGCCGGCGCCGGCGUGGCUGAUGCGCGGGGAGGAGGAGCUCCAUCCGAAUCCGAAGAAGGGACUGGCGGCAACGACUGGAAUUUCAUUCACUCAAUAGAAACUGAUAAUGUCACCGAUUCACCUAUUUUGGAGCACCUGCGAUACAGUUAGCUUCGUGACAACUCAUCCGAAAUUUCACUCACACAGCCGAGGAUAAAUAUCAGCAUGGACAGCCUGUCUACUUUCCAGAAGAACUAGUGGACAAUUGGGUGUCUUUUUCUCGUCGCGGCUUGUAUUAUUGCUACAACAUCUCGUUGCGAGGGUGUUUGAACACAACUGCUACUCCAGCAGACAUAAUAUUAGCUGUAAAAUGUGACAUGGGUCCUGAAUUCCUCUGUAACUCAUUUAACUCGGGUGGUGUUGAUGUUACCAUUCGGUACAUGAGUAUCGUUCAUCUAAAUCAAGAACAGGUCAUUUUUGCGAGAAGAUUUCAGACCACCAUUCUUUCUUUGCUCAUUGGCAAUGACCAUUCGGAGGUCAGAGAUGCUAUAAAAUACUUCCAUGAACUACAAGUAUCUGUAGGCGUUGUCUAUCUACUUCUGCCUUCAGUUUCUGGCAAGAUUGAUUGGUGUGGUAUCAAGUUUUCAACCUCAUCAGUAUAUGAUGCGACUGAAAAAGAUAUGGGACAUUGUCAUUCUUGUAAAGACGCUGAUUUACUGCAGACAAUGGACGGUCCUUGCUGCAGGUGCAUGCUUCAGAAUUCUGUUGUCUACAUCCCUCGUGAUGGAAAAUUUUAUAAUAUUACAGGGUUCCUUGACUUAAAUGAAAACAACCCGCUGCAUUUCAGAGACAAGAGUGUUGUUAGCUCCAAAAGAUGUGGCCUAUCUUUAACCUCUGAAAGCAACCCACUAUUGGUUGCCAGUGGACUAUUCACAGUGCAAAAUUUCCUCUACAAGUGCUACGGAAAAGGGAAAGAACCUAGCGGUAGAAUUGCUGUUAAGUUGCCAUCUGAACUCUGCAGAGUAGUCAUGGCGCCAGUGUCAACAAAUAUUUUGUGCAGCUUCUCAUUUGUUCCUUCCAUAAUGUAUCGUAUCCAGUGUCUGCUUCUUUCUGCAAAGUUGAAAAUCCAGUUGGGCCCAAGAAUGCAACAGUUCAACAUAACAGCUCUGAAGAUUUUGGAAGCACUUACUACAAAGGAAUGCCAGGAGGAAUUUUCACUGGAAUCAAUAGAAACACUUGGGGAUUCCUUCCUUAAGUAUGUUACAGGCCAGCAUCUUUUUAGCAAAUAUAAGCAUCGAGAGGGCAAGCUAACCUCUAUGAGAAAAGAAUUGGUCUCCAACACAACUCUAUGCCAGCUGGCUUGCAACAGGAAUCUUGUGGGGUACAUUCGAGGUGAAGAGUUUAAUAUCAAAAAAUGGAUCAUUCCAGGACUUGGUUAUGACAUAUGGGGUAACACCAAAUGUUUGUUCCUAUUAACAAAUAAUAUGUACAUACUGAAGGAAAUAUCCAUAAAAAGCAAGAGAAUUGCAGAUACAGUCGAAGCCUUGAUUGGGGCCUAUCUCAGUGCUUCUGGUGAACAGGCAGCAUUUCAUUUCAUGAAAACACUAGGAAUGGAUUUAGAACUGCAUAAUGAAAUGCAAGAUGAAAGGAAAAUUAUAACAAAAUCUGAAGAAAUCAUUGAUGUGAGAAGCUUAGAGACGAUGCUCGGUUACGCUUUCAAUGAUCGUUCACUGUUAAUAGAAGCAUUGACACAUGGUUCCUACAAUAAUGCUGGCCCUUGCUAUGAGAGGCUUGAAUUUCUUGGAGAUGCAGUAUUGGACCACAUCUUAACUGAUUACUUCUACAAACAGUACUACCCAGGAUGUACACCAGCAUUGUUGACAAAUUUACGGAAAGCUUCUGUGAACAAUUGUUGCUAUGCACAUGCAGCUGUUAAAGCAGGAUUACACAAGCAUAUUCUUCAUUCAUCAUCAAACCAGAUGAUUAACGACCUUGAGAAUUCGGGGCGGUCAUUUUCAGGCCCAUCGCAUGGUUGGGAACCUGGCAUUGGUCUACCUGAGGACCUUGCAGAUUUGAUUGAAUCAAUAGCUGGUGCGAUUUACCUCGACAGCAAGCAUAAGAAGGAGGUUGUCUGGAGAGCCAUGAGACGCCUACUGGAACCUCUUGCCACCCCAAAGACUGUGGAGCUGUACCCGGUGUCAGAACUGAAAGAAAUAUGCGAGCGCAGAAAAUACCCCAAGCCGUUAUACUCUAAAACUCGUGAUAGUGGAGUUGGAGUAACAAGGGUGGAUGCAAAGGUGAAGGCUGCAGGGACAGUGUACUAUGGAACUGGAGAAGGCCGCAACAAGAAAGUGGCGAAAAUUUUGGCCGCAAAGGCUCUGCUCCAGAAACUGAAGGUCGCAUCCGUAGCAUGAAGCUCGGAGCAGCAGCAUUAGUUUUUUAGUUACCUACGCUCCUAUAGUUGUUUUUGCAGUGGAUCAAGUCUGAUCAUUCUUGAGCGCUGCAGCUUGUGGGAAACGUUCAAGGUUUGAGCGCUGGCUCUGUCAAAAGAAGCUUCUUUAGAAUAGCUGGGUCUCCGUGGACUCUGUGUGUGUGCCUAUUGACUACUUCGCGACAAGAUUAUCAAGGGGUGACACGUCUAAAGAUGACAGUUGGCCAAGACUGGGUGUUUGGAUGGCAUUGGCUCGGAAAGGAGGCAUAACUGAUAUGAACUUUGUUUUGUGGUAAAUGGAUCCCGAUUCCUUAACUCCGAGGAGAAAUUCUCAGGUUUAACCUCAGCUUGUUGAAGACAUCGAUUGGAGUUGGAAUAGUUUGCCCUCGAAGGUGAAAGUGUUUGAUCUAGCCUUUAUUGAUGGGACCAUGGUGACGAUGAAGUGCACGACCGUCGACCGGCGUUUCCUUAUUGGAGGCGUGGUCUUUGUGGAGCCUUUUGUCCACGGUCUAGGUGUUGCUGCAAUGUUAUGGAAGUGCACGAAAUUGAAUAUUUAGUUGAUAGUUGCAGUAAAUUUACCGCAGCAAGAUAUAUAUUGUCACGAUGCUCUCCUAUUUCGUUUCUCCUUCAAUUUUUGUAGACUAUAUAUCCUAACAAUGCAGAUACCGGAAUUUGUCUUAGUGUGAUUGUAUCACCAUA